AUGUACAGAGGAGUCCGCCCAUCCUCAACACGGUCACGCCCACGGGCGCUACUCGUCACCCUACUUUUCGCCCUUUGCGUACCAAUCUUCCUCUACCAACUAGUACCUGCAUUCACACAGUCGACGGAUACCUUGAUUGACAAGAUUCUCGCCCAUUUCGAGGACUUUCAUUGUACAGCGGACAUCGGGGAUGCCCAGUGUUGCGCUCUCUUCAUGAAAGCAACUCCUUGUGUCGAAGAAUGCAGGACCCAGUUCAUCGACCGAGAGACAUUCACUGCUACAAUCGAGUACGAUGAGUGCGCCGACACGUGUCUGCGCGACUGGGCAGGCUGCAACGGCAUUACAAAGACCACAUGA